UUUUCCUUUUUUUGUAGCUGUCAGUCCCCUUCGCUUUCUCCAGGAAGGUUAGGUUCGUUCAGGCCUGCAUAACUGAGGAUUAUUAUAUUCCUUUUUGGCAAUACGCUUACAAUACGCAGACACUGGGACUCAUUCUUAAUCUGUUUCAAGUGCAUGAAGUGGGAUGUCCGCAACAGAAUGGUAUGCGCAUAAAUCCCUCGGACAUGGAGUAUUCUGGAUCCAGGAGAGGUUUUACGAAUCGGGUAACAGAGCUAACAUUUGGCUGCUUCGUGGAUCUCAUCAGGACGUCGUUAUAGACACUGGACUGGGCUUGAGGAGCUUGCCUGACUAUUUGAUUGCGACAGGUCUGCUUGGAGAAGAGUCCGAGCGGAAAAACCCUUUGCUGGCCAUCGGCACGCACGUCCAUUUUGACCAUUCAGGUGGGCUGCAUCAGUUUCAACAGGUGGGCGUUCAUGCUGCAGAGGUCGAUGCGUUGGCCAGCGGAGACAACUUUGAGACGGUAACCUGGCUUUCUGACAGUGAGAUAGCCCGGGAUCCUACGCCUGGCUGGAGAGCCAGGCAAUACAAAGUAAAAGCAGUUCAGCCGACUCACAUAUUACAGGAAGGUGAUGUCAUCAACCUGGGAGACAGGCAGCUAACGGUAUUGCAUAUGCCUGGCCACUCCAGGGGCAGCAUCUGUCUCCAUGAUAGGGAAAACAAGCUUCUGUUCAGUGGCGAUGUCGUCUAUAACGGGGCCAUGAUUGACUGGCUGCCCUACAGCAGAGUCACUGACUAUGUGAGCAGCUGUGAACGGCUGCUGCAGCUUGUGGACAAUGAAGAGGUGGAGCAGGUCCUUCCCGGGCACUUUAACACAUUUGGAGCCAAGCGACUGCACCAGAUUGCCUCCAAUUACAUUUCCAAUUCUGGCUCCUGUCACAGGUUCUCCACAUGUAUGGUCAAGUCAAUUGCCCGCCUCGCUCUGCGGGCCAAAAAUUCAAGAAGUGCAUGUUAACCUCAGAUAUUAAUGCUCCGUAAAGGUGAUUUAGGAUGACACAGUGUUAUGUGUGUCUGUUUAUGUAGUAUAUGAUAUAUAAUAUAUAAUAUACCUUAUAAAUAUAGUAAUGUGACCUUAAAUAUAUUAUAUAUUGUUGCAUAGUAUAUCCUAAAAAAUAUAUAGAUAUAUCUUUAUAUAAUGUUAAGGACAAAGUGCAAGUAAACCGAACUAAAAACGUCAAUAUUAAUGAGUCUGGGAAUAUUAAACACAUUAACAAUUGAUACAAAAUUUUCACAUUGAAUACAUGCUUCUCAGCUGGCUGAAACUACAUUAAGAUGUGCAAAAAUUUAGAUUUUUUUAAACAUAUGAUAUAUGCAGCAGUUUGAUGGCUUGGUGGACACUGCCAUCCCCAUGCGUCACUGAGGUUGGGGGUUCAGUUCUGGCGCCUGGUUGUGGGUGUGUGUGCUUAUUUUCUCCAUAUUUAUGUAGGUCUCUCCUGUGUGCUCCAGAUUCCUUUCUCCUUCCAAAAACAUGUGUUUAGGUGAAUCGGUGAGUUGAAAUGUCCAUGGUGUGUGAUGUACAUUUUUGUUUCAUUAUUACAGAUUGAUAAUGACCUGUUAGAAGACUACAGAGUCUUCUGGGUAUGCAAUAAUUAAUUAUUAUUUUUUUUUUGUUAAAAACACUAUCCACUGUGUAAGUGUCGUUCCUAGAUUUUACAGUAUCUCAACCGCAUUCAUUAAUCCUACUCUCCCCUACUCUUUCCCUACUUUUUCCAUCAUGUAGACAAUUGAAAAAUGCUAAUGAUAAUGUAGCUAAUAAUAAUAUACAACCUACAUUAUUCUGAUGUAUUACGGUGGCAACAAAGGAACAAGCCAUGUGUGUACUUUAUACCUCAGUUUGAGUAAGUGUAGGUAGGCUUUAAAUUCAGGCCUGUUUCACCAACUUUUCACUACUGAAGAUGGAAAAAUGCCUUUGUUCAUUAGUUUUAACCUAAACGGAGAAAUAUCCAUUUUGCAAUGAAACAAGUUUCAUGUUAUAGAUUGUUAUAAGUCAAUAUGCUAUGUAAAUAUAAUUCUACCCAGUGAAAUGUGCAAUAAAAACGUGGAUACCACCAUCA